AUGGCGCAAGGCCAGGUCAAAAAGCCUUCCAAACCGACGGCGUCCAAGCCCUCGUCCGGGAUCACGAAAAAAGGCUCACGAACAAUCACGCCCAAAAAGGCGAAACUGCUGAAGCAGGCCAAACUCAACAAGAAGUUUACGGCCGGCUUGACUGCAAAGACGGAAGCGAUGCUGGGUGAGCGUGCCGGUCAUUUGGAAAUGCUCGGGCAGGGGCGGAAAAAGAGUUCGUCCUCGGGCCAGACAAACGGCGGAAAGAAGAACGCAAAGAAAUCCUGA